AUAUUUGCCAGAACGUCUUAUAUAGUUGGUAGAUAACUCUAGAUCAUUCUGAUAAGCAACAGCUGUUUGCUUGGUUAAAGAAGAAGCACUGCACUCUACAAGUUGCACUUUAUAUAUUUGCCACAAUGCUUAUUCCACGAUAUCUGGCACGCCCUCUAUUCCAGUGCUCCGCCACUGGCAGGACUGCGAGGCAGAUGUCCCAGUUGUCAGCGGCGCCAGUGCGUAUUGUGGAGGUGGGACCGCGCGAUGGUCUGCAAAACGAGCCCAAGCUGCUGCCCGCUGCCACAAAAAUCGAGCUCAUAGAUCGUCUGUCGGAGACCGGACUGCAAACAAUUGAGGCCACCAGUUUUGUUAGCGCCAAAUGGGUACCCCAGAUGGGUGACAAUGCGGAGGUUUUGCGUGGCAUACGCCGGGUGCCUGGCAUAAGUUAUCCCGUUCUGACGCCCAAUCUUAAAGGUUUCGAGACUGCUUUGGCGGCGGGCGCCGAGGAGGUGGCCGUUUUUGGAGCUGCCUCCGAUGCUUUUUCGCUUAAAAAUGUCAAUUGUACGGCGGCAGAGGCUAUCGAGCGCUUUAAGCCUGUCCUUGCAGCCGCCAAGCAACAUGGAGUUCGCGUGCGCGGCUACGUUUCGACUGUGGUGGGCUGUCCCUACGAGGGGGCUGUGCCGCCCAAGGCUGUGGUCCAGGUGGUGGCAGCACUGCACGAUAUGGGCUGCUAUGAGAUCUCGCUGGGAGACACCAUCGGUGUGGGCACGCCGGGCAGCAUGCGCAAAAUGCUGGACGAGGUGACGCGCGCUGUGCCCGCACAGCAACUGGCCGUACACUGCCAUGAUACGUACGGCCAGGCGUUGUCGAACAUAUUAACUUCGCUGGAAUACGGAAUACGUGUUGUGGACGCCUCCGUCUCCGGUCUGGGUGGCUGUCCCUAUGCACGCGGCGCCUCCGGUAAUGCAGCUACUGAGGAUGUCGUCUAUAUGCUGCACGGCAUGGGCAUAAACACGGGCGUCAAUUUGGACAAGCUCAUUGAAGUGGGACGCUACAUAUGCACGGAAUUGGGCAGAGCUUCCGAAUCAAAGGUUAAUCGUGCUUGGAAAGGACCUCAGGCUAAAAAGGCAUAAGCAUGGCCAAGCCUACAAA